AUGACCUCAUCAUUAUUGGCCAUGAUGAAGCAGAUUCGUCAAACAAAGAAGAAUUUGUUAGUUCGCUUCCAAAUGAAUGAGCUUGGAGAAUUAAAACACUUUCUUGGAUUAGAAGUUAAUCGAACUGAGGAAGGUUUAUUUCUCUGUCAGCAAAAGUAUGCUAUAGAUUUGCUACAAAGAUUUGGAAUGCUCGAGUGCAAGCCCAUAUCAACACCUAUGGAAGCUAAUGCUAAGUUUUGUGCUCAUGUUGGGCAAGACUUGCAAGAUAGAGCAAUGUAUCGACAAGGUACUCUCUUUUAUAAGAAAAGUGAUGAGAUUAAGAUCGUUGGCUACUGCAAUGCUGAUUAUGCUGGAGAUCAUGACACAAGAUGA